AUUUGCUCCUCCAAAUUUGCACAAAAAUCCAAAAUGCAAAACUUUAGUUUAUGUUACAAAUAAUUAUUCGCUUAAUGAUAAAUAAGUUGUGAUUGCAGUGUUGAACUAGUCCAGUAGCAAAAUGAAUGAAGUUUCUUCCGAUGUGAAGAAAAUAAAGCAGGAAACUCUUCAAUAUGAGGAACAGGACCUUUCCGAAUCAGAGAAUCCUGUCGAUAAUAUUAAACAUGAACCGCUGGAUAUUGAACCGGAUGACUUGCCGUCAGCCGGUACUGCAGGUGUGCAUUAUUUCACAUGUCCUGAUUCGACUUGUGACUUUUCAUGCGAACUCGAUGGAGUUUUGAGCAUGCACAUCCGCCUGCGGCACGAGGGCCAGGACUUGGGUCUAAUUGAACCAACAACCAAUAGCGUCGUUGAGGAAGAUGACUCCGUGGUACCAACCAUCGAUAUAACUGGUCCCAUCGUACUGAUCGAGAGAAUCAAUAAGAAAAAACAAAUAAUUCAUACGUGCAGUCGGUGCGGAACAGGAUUCCGGAAGCUGGAAGUAGCCGAAUCUCAUAUAAAGAAAGUCCAUAUGGUAGUGAAAAGGUUUACGUGUAGUGUCUGUGGGAAAGGCUUCGAUCGUUCCGGUGACUUAGAAAUACACACCCGGGUUCACACCGGUGAGCGGCCCUACAAAUGUCCUGCCGACGGUUGUGACUACUCGGCUUCCUUGACUAAUACCUUGCAAAGACAUGUACGCCGUCGGCAUAAAGAAUUCAUCAAAAGCGCCACUCCAAGUGAACAAGAAUCAAAAGCUGAUAUGAAAAAACAACGUACUGAAGAAAAUUCAAAGUCUGGUGCAGUCACAAAACCAAAUAAAACAAAAACCAUCGUUACGCGUUCAAAAAAACACGAAUGCUUAACAUGUCGAGUCGAAUUUACAAAAUUCGAAUCCCUCCGAGCCCAUCGGAACGCUGUACACGGCAAAGCGAAAACAUUUUACUGCACCUACUGCAAAGCAUCAUUCCCCAGCUCUCGAAUUUUGUCGAGACACAUCCUACUGCACGAUGAAGUCCAAUCGUUUUCCUGUACCGUCGAAGGCUGUCAAUUUACGUUCAUAUCGGAGGACGAUCAGCAGAAACAUCUAAAACGACACGAGAAGAAGGCGAAUCCUAGCUUGAGGCCAUUCGGUUGCGACAUAUGCGGAAAGCAGUUCGAGCUGAAGUGUGGUCUGGUGCGGCACAUUAGUGCCCUACACCCUCGCGAGGUAGCCGUUAAGCUAGAGCCGUCGAAUUCGAAUACAUAAGGUACGAUUAGAUUGAUAUGAAUUAAUUAAACAGUGAGUGACUGUGUAUUAA